GUACCGUGACAUUGUUUCUUGCGAUCCUUCUUGCCAUCCCCAUCGCAAUGGUUGCAAUUGGAUCCGUAUACAUCCACGAAUGUCCUGCACAGCACUUCAUUCCACUAUAUCUAAUUGUCAUGGGAUUGGCAACCAUCCUAAAAGCAUCGAUCGACCAGAAGGCAAGGUGCCAACGCGCAAGGCUUCCCCAGGAGGAACAGGAGGAGUUCACACCGAACCCAUUGGAAUACGGACUUAGCAAGCUUUUAAGCUUGUUCAUCAUUGCUUUUUUCAUCGCCGGAAGCGUAUGGAUCUACCAGAUCUACAGGCCCAACACCAUUGACAGUUCUAGCUAUGACUACUGCCACCCAACGGUCUACAACUUUGCCUUUUGGGUGACCACUGCGUACUAUAUCUUUGUUGCUUUCCUUUGUUGCUGCGCCUGCUGCAUUUGCUGUUAUGGAGCAUGUGUCGACGAGGAUGAAUAACUCAGAAGUGGGUGGAUUCGGGAUUUAAUGAGCGGGGGGUGGGGGGGGGGGCAAAUUUGAAAUCACGAACGCAUGUUUUUGGUGGCGUAUAGGCCUACCUGGUAUACGCGUCAGGGAGGGAUGACUGAUACCAUAUAUACAAAAAACAUCAACUCGACCACUGGCAAAGACCCCCCAAUCAUGUUAUUGACUGAUUUGCCAGAAAGCGAAGCCGAUGAGCUAAAAAGGAAAGUAUAGACAUUAAUGGAGCGCGAGCUGAGUAUUUUGAUGUACCGAAAUAACAAGAAUCAUUUUCAACGCUGUAUCACCCAAAAUAGUAUGUGAGUGCAAAGCGCGAGUUGGUUUUCCUUUUGAUAUAUUGACCUGAAGGCUUCCAGUGGUUAAAAUAGUGAGCUGGAUGAAUUUGAAAGAUAACCCAUGCUUUCCCGGAAUAUGAAAUAUAUAUGGGAAUAUUCGCCAUAGUCUCGGGGCUUAUAAAUCGGCAAUGGGUGGGGGUGGGAUAAAAAGUAGUUUGACGUUUGAUUGUAUAUCCAUGAAUUUUUAUGAGAAAAUUUUGCUGGAAUUUAAUUAUUACUGAGAUUAUGUCAGUGUUGCUUAUGGCCAAAAAUUGUUUUGAUUGUUUGAAUGAUUCCAAUCACAUGAAUUGGGUUUCAAAGUUCCUGAGAAGUCGACAUGUUUUCCCAGUGUGUGCCACAGUGUGUUCAGUGUGGAAAAAUGUGAAAUCACCUUUACACUGUUAAAUUUCAGCAUUUCAACAGAGUAUAAAUCGCAUAUUCACAUAGUCGACUAUGUGAACACGCUGUGCACAGUCACACUGUCGAGGUGUCCCAAAGUGUGAAAAUAUCUUCACAUUGUUAAAUUUGAGCAUUUCAACAUUAGUGAUAUUUUCACAUAGUCCACUAUGUGAACACACUGGGUGUGAAACUGUGUUCCCCCUAGCAGGGGUUAUUAUGCAUUCAGAAGUAUCCGGCAUUCAUGUUAACACGCAUACGCAUCGAAUGUGACCAACAAAGCCUCGUGGCCAUAUUCAGGAGGGCGUCUGCAUGAUGGCUGACACUUAUUUGAAUUUGAGAUCUAUGCACACCAGACGGCUCAACGCAGCCGCUCUCUACAACACAGUUUUCGCGAUCACUACGCGGCCGCUCUCUACAACUUAUUAGAAUUUCAAGUCUUUUUUUUUUGUGACGUCAUAAACGAGCAGCAGCCCCAUAUGUAAUGUAAUAUUAAAUGAAUUUCAAUGUGUUUUUCAAUGGUUCAUGGUGACUUAAAUAUUGUUUUCCUUCAGGAGCGGAUGUGAAAUAAUUUGUCUGUUGAUAUACUGAAGAUACAAUAAAACCAUUCACAUUUUUUUAGAAAAUGGCAUUUCAUUGAUUUUUUUUUCAAAUUCACGAUACAUGGGAAGUGAUGCCGCAAAUCAAAAUAAUGAACUUUUAAUAACUUUUUUGAAUCUUUGAUUGAUGUUCCUCAAUCCUUUACUAUUAUUCUUUUAUCAUUUUUUAUGCCAUUGUUAUCAUAAACUUUUUGUCAGGGUGAACUUCCCCUUUAAACUGUUGGCGAAGGAAAUUCGUUCGAUACGCAAUUUUCUUUUAACCAACGCGUUGCAACGGUUGGUGGGCAUGUUAACCAAAACAGAUAGAAAAGGUUACAUUUUUUAUGGAAAAUUAUUCAUUGGAAACAGUGAAAUUUACUAGGAAAACAUCUACAUAUCUGUACCUGCUCUCAAAAGCGCCAUUGAAGACAUAUCUGUUUGGGGAAGCGUUUAAGUAGAUCAUCGUUUUAGUGUGAAUAUAAAGCAAUUGGAGUAACCAAAGCGCAGUAGAGUAUAGUGGCUGUGCGCUAUACAAAUUCAUCAUAUUAUUACUAUAGGUUUUCCCGUCCAAUUUCAUCAGAGUUGCAUUUAAAUCAAUGAAAGGGCGUUCUAAUUCGAAACAUUUUGUCCACCCUCUGCACAGAUGGUUCAUUUUCAUUUAUUCAGCAUUCAAUUCGGUUCUUUAUCGUUCUUUAUCGUUCCUUUGAAUUUUGUAGAAAUUCAAUUUAGAGAGAAAUUCGUUCAAAUUAAUGGCUCAAAGUUGUCAUUUAAUUUCGCGACGACGAACUGAUCGUUUAAUUUCGCCUAAAAUACAAUUUUCAAUUUCACACAUAUUUGUGCUUUAAACGUCAAAAUUCAGAUAACAUGUUUCUGUGUUCAUUUUUUUUAUUACGUUAUACAAUAUUUUGCUCCAAACUUUACCCUAUCUUUCUAUUUUUUCUGAUCUUAAAUUAUGUUUGAUAAAGACGUAAUUCAUGUAACACUUAUAGGAUAUGGUUGUAAACGGUUAUUCGUUUAGUUAUUGAUGAGUGGGUGCAGGGGAGGAUCCAGGAAUCCCAAAGGGGGGCAUAUUUUCCAGAGGAAUUUGACAAGCAACCCCCCCCCAGAUUUUUAACCCAAGAAUAAGGGUAUUACUUCCACGAAAAAAAUUUAAUUGUGCCUCUCAAAGAGGGGGGGGGGGGGCACGAGCCGGCUGUGCCUCCUGGAUCCGCCAGUGAGUGGGUGAAUGAUUUAUGCCAAUGGAAGGUUCUUUUCUUCAUCAUCUUGUUCUUUUUUUAUUUUACAAAAUUGUAAUUUAUAUCGUUUUGGGGAAGGGAUAAGAAACAUGGUAUUGACCACAGUCUAAAGUUAUGAAAGUGGAACAAAAACGAGUUGUUGUUCCGAUGAUGAUUUGUCAGAUGGAUGAUACAUUUCAGUAAGAUUGUAAACAUCCAAUUUAGAAGUAAAACCCAUUCCUAUAAUUAUUCAA